AGAAACUAAACGCUCAAAAAGCCCUCUCGUCAAAGAAGUCAACCUAGUCUUGCAGCCGGUCAAGAAAAUCCCAAGACGAGACCCCAUGAAGAAAGAGAUGAACCUUGUCUUGAAAGACCCUACGAAAAGUUCUAGACCCUCCGAAUCGGAAAUAACCGUGGAGCCAGAUAUAAUGAUAUAUGUGGCCAAUGCCUGCAGAAGCAAGGUAGAAAGACUUGAGAAGCAACACAAAGUCUUGUUGUUUUGGGAAGAUGGGAGUAGCACUGUUACAUUUCGUCCAAACAUCCCAAUUCAUGCACACGAUGUCAAUAUACAAAAGAGUGUGGAUGCGUUCAAGGUCUUGUACGACGAAGCAUCAACAGAACUAACCUGUAGCAAAAUAGACAAGUUAAAUCACGGUAUGACCGUUACAGCGGCAAAGAAAGAGUGUGAAAAGCUACAAGAGAUGUUCCCGGCAGUGUACAUUAAGGAAAUCAAGGGGAAUAUAUAUCUAUAUGGCAAGGUACACGAUGUUCAAGAAGUGAGAGCUUUUUUUCUAAGACAACAUGAUUACAAGAAAACCAACUGGGUAGUCGGAAGAAGGCAGUCUAACAAUACCAGUGGUAAUAGGCUAGAGGAUUUCAAGAACUUGGACAUGGGGCAAAUCCCAGGUAGCAUUCCAAGACACACCGUAAGACCCGAAGUUGAGAAAAGCAGGUACAAGUUUCCUUUAAGAAGGGAGGCACCAAUCAGUAUGAACAAGCACGCAGUGGCUCGGUUCUCAAGACAUAAGAAACCCGAACACAAUCUUAAAGGCGUGGUGUCUUGUAGACAGAUAGGAUUAUCGCACAGAAUGUAUUUCGAAAUUCUGACGUCACUGGACACCAAGAUUAGCAUCUAUCAGGGUGACGUCAUCAAAGAGUGUGUUGACGUCAUCGUGAACGAGACCAAUGAUAGGCUGAAGCUGUCCGGGGAGCUGUCCUGGGCGCUUGCGCAGUACGGCGGACAUGAUAUCGAGGCUGAUUGCAGACGAUACGUCGCGACCCACGGGAGACUGGCAGCAACACAGGUUGUCCCCACGUCAGCCGGCCAGCUCCCCAGUAAACACAUCCUGCACGCGGUGGUUCCUCACUGGGUGUCCGCCCACCCCAGAGAGAGCAAGAUGCUCCUCUACAAGACCUACGAGAACAUCUUCAAGUGUGCCGGCAUCAAGAUGCGCGUCACGUCUAUUGCACUGUCUCUACAGACAUCAGGUUCUACGGGGAUACCAAAAGAUGUGUACGCUGAGACAAUGUUCCAGGCCGUGGUGUCGUUCCUCAAGACGUACGGACCGCUCCUUAGAGACAUCCGGAUGGUGAACCCCUCCCAUCGCACUGUCAGCACCUUCAUAGACGCCUUCAAGACCAAGAUGCCGCUCGUCAACUUUGUCGCAGAGUCACGCAGACUGGAAAAAUGGCAUUGAACUGAAAACCUGUCAAAUUUUGGGUUGAAUUGCACUCAUAUCAUUGGGUCUUUUUGCAUUCAGAGUGUUUCACCCGGAACUGAGGCCCUGGGGUCAAAUCCUGUCGUACUAACGAUUUUAUACUCUUUGGAAAUGCACAUUUUAGGACUUACAUCACUUUAUCCAGGUAUUCGAAUUGGUAACUGACUACAGUUUGGCAUUAGGGG